GAAAUUUUGCAGAAAUUCCGAAAACAUCCCACCGAACAAUUUAUAAUUCCCAAAUUCUUCCCCUUCGUUUCGUUCAAACCCAUCUGCAAAACGGAGCCCGCUCCAAAACCAGAUAGAUGGACAGCGGCCUGAUAUCGGUGGACAAAUGGGCCUCCGGCAGCCAGGCCUACUUCCUCACCCACCUCCACGCCGACCACACCUCAGGCCUCUCCUCCUCCUGGCGGCGCGGCCUCCUCUACUGCUCCCGCCUCACCGCCAAGCUCCUCCCCUGCAAAUUCCCCGGCUUCGACCUCUCCCUCCUUCGUGUCCUCGACAUCGGUCCUUGGUACUCGCUCUCUCUCACUUUAAUUUCCUCUGGAUCAGCCUCCACUGUCUACGUCAAGGCCAUUGACGCUCACCAUUGUCCCGGUUCGGUUAUGUACUUGUUUCGAGGUGAAUUUGGCUGUAAGCUUUACACUGGGGAUUUUCGCUGGGAAAAAACAGGUGUCCGGGUGGAAAAUGCAAAGUCCAUGCUACUCGAUGCUCUCAAAAAUGACACGUUGGAUGUUUUGUACCUCGACAAUACAUAUUGUAACCCGAUGUACACAUUUCCUUCUCGUGAAGUUGUUGCCCAGCAGGUUGUUGAUAUCAUCAAAUCUCAUCCAAAUCACGAUGUUGUUAUUGGAAUUGAUUCAUUGGGCAAAGAAGAUCUUCUGCUCUACAUUGCACAUACACUGGACAUAAAGAUUUGGGUUUGGCCUGAAAGACUACAAAUCAUGCACUUGCUCGGAUUCCACAAAAACUUCACCACACAAACCUCCCUCACAAGAGUUCGUGCAGUGCCUCGUUACAGUUUUAGCACCGAGACCCUCGAAAGUCUCAAUGCAAUCCGCCAGACCAUUGGAAUCAUGCCAUCUGGACUUCCGUGGGCCACAAAGUCAUAUUCAGGAAAUGGUAAAAUGAGUCACGAGCACAUAUUCGUCGUCCCAUAUUCAGACCACUCGUGCUUUCCCGAAAUACAAGAAUUUGUCGAGCUUCUGAGGCCGGUCAAUAUAAGGUCCAUCGUGUCCUCAGGUUCGUCGUGUUGUGUUGACCCGUGUUAUUACUUUGACCAUCUAUGUGGGCCCAAACAAGCGUCUUGGAGGGUACAAAGGCAGCCCGGAAAGGAGGAUGUGAUGGAAAGGUUCGACGAUUGUUUAAAGGAAAUAGCAGAAGGUGGUAUGAUUUCGAGUGUGGUACGCAGAAAGAGAAAGUUUGACCAGGUUGACUUUUUCGGUGUACGUGUGAGUAGGGUUAGCUUGUUGAGGAGGUCGAGCCGUGGUGUUAAGAUUGUGGACACCGAGUGAGUGUCUUUCUCGAUCACUCGGUCUCGGGUAGUUAAGUUAACUAGUCAUGGAUCUUAUGGUUAGUAAAUUGUCUUAGAAGUGAAUUUGUUGAUAGCCACAUCUUCACAAUAUUUGCAUGAGGUCAAAUAAUCGAUAUGUAGCUUAACUGUACCUACAAUUUUGAGGCCUUGUGUUAUAUUUUCAUUUUUCCAAUGUAUUUGAGAAAAAUGUUAUAUUUAAGACAACCUAAGGGUUAAUCAUA